UCCGCUGUCCGGUGUCUACCGAACUACCAUUCGUUUGGCUUGGUCUUCCAGUGCGUGGCGCAUGGUGGUGCGUGCCCUGCAUGCUGAUCGUGACAAUUCGUCUCAUAUAUAUUCAGCAUAAUCCAUUGAGUCGCAACACUGACCAGUGCGAGCGUGGCCUGGCCCCUGAUCUUCCAGAGAUCCCGACUGUUUUUUAUGGGAAUACUGUACGAAAAAGAAACCAUUUAAAAGCGCUAGACCGCAAUGUGUCACCACCAUCUCCAUCGGCAUAAUCGCUCAUCAGAUCAGAUCCCAACUCCGUUGCGAGGGUAUAAAUAGAGGAGCACUGCGUAGAUCGUGGCCAGAACUAGAAGCGAUCCGGGUUAGAAGCGCACACAGAAAAACCAUCAUGAGAAUACGAGUCCGAGUUCCCCUGUUGAUGAUCCUCACGCUACUGAUCGCCAGCUGUGUGGACUGGAGCAGUGCCUUCUUCCUAAAGGGCUGGAAGAAGUCAAAAGGAUACGGAGGUGCUCAGAGCUAUGGAAGCUAUGGAAAUUAUGGGAACUAUGGAAACUAUGGAUAUGGUAGCUCAGGAUAUGGAAACUACGGCUAUGGGAACUAUGCUGGUGGCUAUGGCUAUCCAACGUAUCAGUCAUACGCAGGUUAUGGCGGUGGCAGACGCCCCAACUCUGGCCAACGCACAGGACGCACCUACUCGGAAAUUGCCCGAGUCCUGAAGCCCGAUGGCUACGUGGGUCUUGGGGGCAGUCGUUUCCUGCCUCGUACCCCAUUCUCAGUCCUCUGGGGUUGAUCAUUAUUUAGGUUUUAUUUUUUAAGCAAUAUUAUGUAUCAUCUGGAAAUAAACAGGGAGAGGAAGAGAGAGAAAGUUCCA